UCCCCUCGGUGCCCCCCGCCUGCUCCGCCUGCUCCGCGUGGAUAUCUAGCUGCUCGCCCUCCGCCCACACCAUGACUCUGGAAGAAAUCCGCGGCCAGGACACGGUUCCUGAAAGCACAGCCAGGUAGGUAGGCGCCGCAGCUGGGAUCCCAGGGCUCUUGGCCCUGACCGCACCGCUCCCUCCUUGCCCGCGCAGCGACCCCGACAACGUAACCUUCUGCGUGCUGGCCGCCGACGAGGAGGACGAGGGCGACAUUGCGCUGCAGAUCCACUUCACGCUGAUCCAGGCCUUUUGCUGCGAGAACGACAUCGACAUCGUGCGUGUGGGCGACGUGCAGCGGCUGGCGGCCAGAGACCUGCACUGCAUCCUCAUUUCGAACCCCCAGGAGGACGCCUGGAAGGACCCCGCCUUGGAAAAGCUCAGCCUGUUCUGCGAAGAGAGCCGCAGCGUGAACGACUGGGUGCCCAGUAUCACCCUCCCCGAGUGACAGCCAGCGGCGGGCCGUGGUCUGAUCUAUGUGGAGGCGCCCCCGAGCGCGUAGCCCCGGGCUGGCUCUGCGGACGAGCCCUCGGC